AUGGGUGUUCAGGGUCUUUGGUCUUUAGUUGGCCCAGCAGCAAGACCAACGCAAUUAGAGUCCAUGCGACAAAAGCGAGUUGCAGUGGAUGCAUCCAUUUGGAUUCACCAAUUCAUGCGAACCAUGCGCGAUAAAGAAGGAAAUGCUCUGCGAAAUGGCCAUCUGAUGGGCUUCUUUCGACGUAUCUGCAAACUGCUGUUCUUUGACAUAAAGCCUGUGUUCGUGUUUGAUGGUGGCGCACCAACACUUAAAAGAAGCACUAUUAGAGAGAGACGAAAGAGAAGAGAAGGUGUCAAAGAAAAUCUUAAGGUCACUGCAAAGAAAAUUUUGAGCGCACAGGUGAAAUCUCGGGUUUUAUACCAGGAGGAGCAAAAGUUACAUGGUGGAGAUCAUGCAACUUCCAAAGACCAGGAAUACAUAUACUAUGAUGCAGCCAAGGAUGUGCUGUCAAAGAAGCGAAAAUUGGACCAGUUUGAGCUGCCUGAAGUCGACAGCAUUGAAAACCGCACCAACAAACUAGACCCACGAUUAUCGACACAUGAAGAAAUCAGAGAUUUUGUGAAUGAAUUUGAUCCCAACGAACUCGACAUUGAUUCGGAGGCUUUUUUUGCCCUGCCACCUGAAGUGCAGUAUGAAGUGAUUCAAGAUAUGAUGUGGAAAUCUAGAUCAACCUCUUGGGCUCGAUUAGAUGAGAUGGUCCGCGGAUCAAAAACAGCUUUGGAUUUUUCGAAACAACAGAUCAAGUUACUGAAGCAUCGAAACAAAAUGUCGCAGCGAUUGAUGCAGGCUAACAACGCUUCCAGCGGCACGAAAAUCGAGUCUACUCGAGUAGCAGGAGAACGAGGCAGACAAUAUAUGCUGUAUAAGAACGAGGAUAUCAGUCAAGGUUUGGGCUGGAAGUUACCUGGAUUAAGCGCUGCAGAGCCCGUCAUUUUAGAUCCUACUGCCACAGCGGAUACAACCAGACCUGAACCGAAAUUAGAAGUGCCUGAUGGAAGUGAUUUCAAACCAGCAGAUGAAGAGCCAACAGACAAAGUUGCUGCAGCCAUGGCAGCCAACCCCAAAUUAGCAGCGUUGUUUGACGGUUUACUCAGUGAUGAUGAUGAUGAUGAGGAGGAGGAGGAGGAGGAAGAGGAAGAGGAAAUGGAGGACGUUCUCCCUGAGAAGCUUGAAGAUGACAAACCCUUGUUUGAGAAUAACGAUACGACCAGCAGCAGCGACAUUGUGAACGACAUGAGAGCAUACGUGGUUGAUGAUGAUGACGACGAUGCUGCAAUGAACCAGGUGAUAUCCCGCAUCUAUGACACAGAUAACUUGCCGCAAGACUCAUUUGAGGAAGUUGGAGACGCUGACCAAGAGGAUGGUGGUGCCAUUCUUUCAUUGAGUACAGAUGAUUUCUACAAGCUGUGGUUAUCUCGGGUGCCUGAUGCAUUUCUGUACCUACAUUCAUUCAAUGACGAAUACAAGGCCAUUUUGAAGAAAGCCAUAGACGAACCAAACUUGGAUCAGCUAAACAGAGAUCUUCAAUCUGUUCGCAGGCAGUUUGGAAAAACAAAUGAAGGUGACGAAUUAACAUUGGAGGCCUUGAAGUUUCAAGAGGCAUUCUUAGAAUCAACGUGUCGAUGGAGAGAGCAACGAGGCGCUACACAACAAGCUGCUAUUCAUUCACCCCCUUUGUAUCCUACAACCGACAAAAAUAUCAUACUGGACGAUAACGACGAAGACGAUAUUCAAUUUGUAGAUGCCUCAACUACCAAGGACGAUGCAUCCACAGACGAUGAAGCACGCACUGCAUCAAAUUAUGUGCAUCUAGACAUACUGCAAUCAUCAUUGUACUCAACUGCCCCUGAUACCCAUGUGGAGUCUGUAAAUAAUAACAACACAACAAACAAUGUAGAAAAAGUGAACAACAUAGCGUCACCUCCAAACGAUAGCAUUGAGCCUCUUAGCCAACACUCACCCAGUCAAAGUAGUGCUGCCCCGCUAAUACCACACGCAGAACCUAUUAACGAUGAAGCUGCAUUGAAUGAUCCGGUUGCAGGAAAAGAUGCUCAUUUGGAAGCAGCAGCAAGUGCGAAUCUAGUGGAUCAUGGCUAUAACUCAGAGGACGAGGUUCCAGAUGUUCGGGGAGAAGAAGACGAAUACGCACGUUUCGUGUCUGACAUUGCAUCUAAGAAAUUAGAGGAUGUUCGCACUGAACUGUACAAAGACCUGAAAGAAUUGAACAAGCAGCAGCGAAAAGAAUUGGGCAAUUCAGAUGACAUUACAGAUCAGAUGGUGCGAGACAUCCAGGAGCUACUCAAACUUUUUGGUAUCCCGUAUUUGGUAUCGCCUAUGGAAGCUGAAGCUCAGUGCGCAACAUUAGAGGCUUUGAAGCUUGUAGAUGGCACGGUGACAGAUGACUCUGAUGUGUUUUUGUUUGGUGCCUCUCGUGUGUACAAGAACAUGUUUAAUCAGCAGCGUUAUGUGGAGUGUUACCUAGCACAGGAUGUUGAAAGAGAGAUGCUGCUCACAAGAAAGAAACUGAUCCAGCUGGCCUUUUUACUUGGAAGUGAUUAUACAGAAGGCAUUCCUGGCGUGGGCCCAGUCGCUGCUAUGGAGAUCUUGUCUGAAUUCUCGGGAACAAAAGAAGGUGAAGAUGAUGGCCAAGAGGAAGAGGAAGAACCACUGGAGGCGCCUUUGAAGAGAUUCAAGGAGUGGUAUAACAAGGGCGUAGACGAGACACCUUUCCAGAGAAAAUUUAGAAAGAGACAUGAUGCAUUGGAUAUACCAGACGAUUUCCCAAACCCCUUGGUGAUCGCAGCCUAUUAUCAUCCAACUGUGGACGACUCUGCUCAAAAGUUUGAGUGGGGACAACCUCAAUUAGACUCCCUUCGUAUAUUUUUGACAGAAGCUUUUGGAUGGUCAGAAGACAAGGCAGAUCAAGUGCUGUUACCCGUGUUGCGUGAAAUGAAUAGUCGCAAAUCCACGGGGGAGCAAACAACCAUUGGAUCCUUUUUUGGAGUGACAGGAACCGUUUCUUCAGGCGGUGCUGCUGGUCAAGGCAACAGACAUUCUAGUAAAAGAGUGCAAAGCAUUGUCGACAACUGGCGUAAAAAGCAAAAGAAGAGCAAAAAGAGCAAGUAA